UCUGGGCUGUCUGGGUAGAUCAAUACUGAUUGGAGUCAUUGUCCUCACUGGACCUUCCCAGAAAGACUAUCAAAGGAGCUGAGAAGUCUCCCUUUAACUGGGACUUCUCUGGGGAGCACGUGAGCUUUCUUUUCUGCUGGUUGAUUCCUAUGAGAAGCUACCAAAGCCGGUGGUCUGCCAGCUCUGAACCUCAGUGUCUCUAAAGGCGCACGGCUCCUGGGGAUUGCAGUUUUAAUUGAAAGAGGGAUUCAAAACCGUCAGAGAACCGAAGGAAGAAUGCUCCGAGGUCGAUCCCUGUCUGUCACGUCCCUGGGGGGACUGCCUCGGUGGGAAGCUCAACUUCCUGUGGAGGAUUUACUGCUCUUUGAAGUCGCUUGGGAAGUGACCAAUAAAGUUGGUGGCAUCUAUACUGUGAUUCAGACAAAGGCCAAAACAACUGCAGAUGAAUGGGGAGACAAUUAUUUUCUGAUUGGUCCGUAUUUUGAGCAUAAUAUGAAGACUCAGGUGGAACAGUGCGAACCUGUGAAUGAUGCCAUUGGGAGAGCCGUGAGCACGAUGAAUAAACACGGCUGCCAGGUGCACUUUGGGAGAUGGCUGAUAGAAGGGAGUCCUUACGUGGUGCUCUUUGACAUAGGCUACUCGGCUUGGAACCUGGACAAGUGGAAGGGUGACCUCUGGGAAGCCUGCAGCGUCGGCAUCCCUUAUCACGACCAGGAAGCCAACGAUAUGCUGAUAUUUGGAUCAUUAACUGCCUGGUUCUUAAAAGAGGUGACAGAUCACGCAGAUGGGAAACACGUCAUUGUCCAGUUCCAUGAAUGGCAGGCCGGAACCGGACUGAUCCUUUCUCGAGCUCGGAAGCUUCCAAUCGCCACAGUCUUCACCACGCACGCCACACUGCUUGGGAGGUAUCUCUGUGCAGCCAACACUGAUUUCUACAACCGUCUUGAUAAGUUUAACAUAGACAAAGAGGCUGGGGAGAGGCAGAUUUACCACCGGUACUGCAUGGAGCGGGCUUCUGUCCACUGUGCUCAUGUGUUCACCACAGUUUCCGAAAUAACAGCGAUCGAGGCAGAGCACAUGCUGAAGAGAAAGCCUGAUGUAAUUACUCCAAAUGGCUUGAAUGUUAAGAAAUUUUCAGCAGUACAUGAAUUUCAAAAUCUACAUGCCAUGUACAAGGCCAGGAUCCAAGAUUUUGUUCGAGGUCAUUUUUAUGGUCACCUGGACUUUGAUCUUGAAAAAACGUUGUUCCUCUUCAUUGCUGGGAGGUAUGAAUUUUCAAACAAAGGAGCUGACAUCUUCCUAGAAUCCUUAUCCAGGCUCAAUUUCCUGCUGAGGAUGCAUAAAAGUGACGUCACCGUGGUGGUGUUUUUCAUCAUGCCUGCCAAGACAAAUAAUUUCAAUGUGGAAACCCUGAAAGGCCAGGCAGUGCGAAAACAGCUCUGGGACACUGCGCAUUCUGUGAAGGAAAAGUUUGGAAAGAAACUGUACGAUGCAUUGUUAAGAGGAGAAAUUCCUGACAUGAACACCAUUUUGGAUCGAGAUGAUCUAACAAUUAUGAAAAGAGCCAUCUUUUCAACUCAGCGGCAGUCCUUGCCCCCAGUGACCACUCACAACAUGAUUGAUGACUCCACCGAUCCCAUCCUCAGCACCAUUAGACGGAUCGGGCUUUUCAACGGCCGCACAGACAGAGUCAAGGUGAUUUUGCAUCCAGAGUUCCUAUCCUCCACCAGCCCCUUGUUACCCAUGGAUUAUGAAGAGUUUGUCCGCGGUUGUCAUCUUGGUGUAUUUCCAUCAUACUAUGAGCCCUGGGGUUAUACUCCAGCCGAAUGCACUGUGAUGGGUAUCCCCAGCGUGACCACCAACCUCUCCGGCUUUGGCUGUUUCAUGCAGGAGCACGUGGCUGAUCCUGCUGCAUAUGGUAUUUACAUUGUUGACAGGAGGUUCAGCUCUCUGGAUGAUUCUUGCAAUCAGCUGACCAAGUUUCUCUAUGGAUUUUGCAAACAGUCACGCCGCCAGAGGAUUAUUCAGAGGAACCGAACCGAGAGGCUCUCGGACCUUCUGGAUUGGAGAUACUUAGGCAGAUAUUACCAGCAUGCCAGGCACCUGACAUUAAGCAGAGCUUUUCCAGAUAAAUUCCACAUGGAACCCACAUCACCACCCACGACAGAAGGGUUUAAAUACCCCAGGCCUUCCUCGGUCCCACCUUCUCCUUCGGGGUCCCAGGUCUCCAGUCCUCAGAGCAGUGAUGGGGAGGAUGAGCAUGAGGAUGACAGAUACGAUGAGGAAGAGGAGGCGGAAAGGGAUCGGUUAAAUAUCAAGUCCCCUUUUACGCUGGGUCGUGUUCCUCACAGAAAGAAGAAGCUGCACGGCGAAUACAAGAACUGAAUUCCACUCUUGUUGAACAGAUUCGUUUAAUGAGAACACAGCAAGAAGGAUUAAAGAAAAGAAAGUGCCACCCAUUUCACUCUCUUCUAAGUAUUACAGUGGGAUCUAUUCUCUGCCUAAAGAGUGGAGGAGACGAGGUGAAUGGCCAUUUUGUAAUUUAUAAUAAAAUACAAAUUAUUUUUCCCCAACUCCUUUUCCCCCAGUAAAUUUAAGCACGAGGAAGGGUGUUAAUUAGAGGAAGACUGUAAGUAUUUUUUUAAGUGGUUAUUUUAAGUAAGAAGAAUUUUCAUUUCCUAAUGUUUAUUUUUAAAUUAGCAUCACCACAAUCCUUUGCUUAGUGCUUCUACAGCUGCUAUGCCUGCUGAACAAGUCUGCCAUUUCCCCGCGAAAGGAUCCUGAUCUUCACCAUCAAUGUGCACUGCCUAUGUAUAAGUUGAUCUUUAGUGAUUAUUUUUAUUUUUCACAUGAGUCAGAAUCACGAGUUUAUAUCUAGCUUGGCAGACAGUCAAACUCCAUAAGACGAUAGCUCCCUUAAAUUCAGAUUUUGAUGCAUAUUAAUUCAUAUGUACAAGGUCACUUCUCAGAUUAAUGAUGGGAAGAUGUCACCAUCUGUACUAUACCACCUGUACGAUCUUUCUGUUGUUUAAAUGAAAGGGCUUUCUGAAAACUGGAUCAAUCUUCCAACUUUUAAAUCCUAAUGAAUAAAUAUAUCAAUAUUUAAGGCUUUAA